UGGCUGUUAUGCGUUUAUGACAUCAGCCCCCUCGCUUAUAUACUUAGGGAAUGACCCAGAGCUCCCUUUAUGGUCCAGACCUUCUGAAAUCAGCUCAAGGCAGUAGGAAAGCCGAAGACCUCUCAACUCUCUCUCUCCCUCUCCCUCUCUCUUUCUCUCUUUUCCGUGCGUUUCCCUCCCUCUCUCCGCGUGUGUGUCUCCCUCUCUCGCUCACACAGCUUGUCCUUUCUUUGUACGGACUUUACUUUCUAGAGGGAAAGAAGCAUGGCAAAACUGAGGAUGCAGCUAGUGUGCGCGAUGCUCCUGGCGCUCGCCUCCUGGAGCCUGUGCUCAGAUUCAGAAGAGGAAAUGAAAGCCUUAGAAGCUGAUUUAUUGACCAAUAUGUAUACAUCAAAGAUAAACAAGGCGAAGCCUCCUCAGUGGAAAAUGACCCUUCUAAAUAUCUGUGACCUCAUCAGCAACAUAAACAACCAGGAAGAGGAUGUGGGUGAUGUUGAAGAAGAAGACCUCCUGUCAAGAAGACAGUUUCCCUCUACUCUUGAUGGCUCUAGUUUGGAAGCAUUGUUGACAUUGUACCAGCUUCAGAAAGUCUGCCACAGCAGAACCUUUCAGCACUGGGAGUUACUUCAGCAAGAUGUUUAUGACCCUGAAAAUGCAAGCCAAGAUAAAGAUCUGAUGAAGAGGAAAACUCCUUACAUUCUGAAACGGCAACUGCACGUCAACAAAGCCCGACGACCAUACAUACUGAAGAGGAGUUCAUAUUACUGACUCAGCAGUUAAAGUAGUGUUUAUUUAGUUUCUAAGUAACUGUGCUUUAUGGUUACCUUAUUUCAACCUUAAAUCUUAUUUGUGUGGAAAAUAGAUUAUGGAAAGUGACUGUGUCUUUCUUGCCACUGUUGUUUCUUGGUUGUGAUUUUUUUCCUACUUAAAAUUCAUUGGAAUAAUACAUUUGAAAAUAAAUCUAGUUUCUAAGCAUUA